CGGCGACAUGGGAGCCAUGCCAUCCAGCCCCGCGACCCCGCGUUUCUUCGGACGACUCCCGGCAAAUCCCAUUACGAAGUCAAUCAUAGGCUGGAUGAGCGGAGAUGGCAUGCUUUCCGGUGAACACCGAUACUAGAUAUUGCUAUGGUCCAGCGCAACAAGAGGGAAUUUGCACCGUCCAAUCUACGUAAAUUCUUCAUCCUGUCUGCCUCUCUCAGUCCUCGAACCUUCCAGCCAAGACUCGCUUUUCCUCAUUCGAAGCACUCGUCAUUGAAGUUCGAUCAGACAGGAAAGCCAAAUCUCCCUUGGCUUUCUACACAGCCAGCAAAAAAUGACGCUUCUCGCCGAUAUUGUCCAAGUGGCAACCGCCUACUGGUUGCCCCUCUUGGGCCUCCUGUUGAUUUUCCACCUUGCACGCAACUACUUCAGGCCUGCCCUGAUGGGCAUUCCUGGGCCAUUUCUAGCAUCUCUGACCGAUUUCUGGCGACUAGCUCACUCUUGGCAGGGAAGGGGGCAUGAAGACUACCGGUUACACCGAAAAUACAAUUCGCCCAUCCUCCGUGUUGGCCCUAAUACAGUUGCUGUCGCUGAUCCAGAAGCGAUUCGGGUCAUUUACGGGUGGAAGCCCGUUUUCCGCAAGACGUUUAUCUAUACAACCCAGUCUCAGCUGAGCCCUUCAGGCGAAUUGGUCGAGAACCUUGCUUCUAUCAUGGAUGAGAACAAGCAUACCACCUUGACGCGGCCUGUGGCAAGCGCAUAUGCCAUGAGUACCCUGGUCGAGUUCGAGCCGCUGGUAGACUCUACCUCGCGGGCCUUCGUUAGGCAGAUGGAGGAGCGCUUUAUCAAACAGGGCAAAGCAUGCCCGCUGGAUCGGUGGCUUCAGAUGUAUGCUUUUGAUGUCAUUGGCGAGAUCACGUUCAGCAAGAGGAUCGGUUUUCUCGAGACAGGGGAAGAUGUGGACCAAAUGAUGUAUCAUACCUCCCGGUUCAUGGACUACACUGGCAUUAUCGGCCAAGUCCCCGCGCUCGACUGGUACUUCAGAGUCAAGAACCCGAUUCUCCACCUGCUCAGGCCGACUAGCAAUAUUCUCAACUUCACCCUAAAGCAGAUUCGCGAGCACGAGUCGUCCCCUGGAGGACAUCACCGAGAUUUGUUGAGCCGGUUCCUCGAAGCCCGCGACAAGUUUCCGGACAUCAUAGACGAGGAUCUGCUCCACGAUUACGCCAAUACCAACGUGGCGGGCGGAUCCGAUACGACGGCCAUCAUCCUCCGAGCCAUGGUCUACGAGUUUCUAAUCCAACCGGAAAUCUAUGCCAAAUUCCUAGGAGAGAUCAAGACGGUCUUGAAGGCGCGCCCCGAUGACAAAGAUACUGACGCCCCCAUUUCAUGGGCCGAGGGGCUUAAGAUGACCUACUACCAAGCCUGCAUCAAGGAGACGUUGAGAUAUCACCCCGCAACUGCACAGAUCCUCCCUCGGUUUGUUCCAAAAGGCGGCGUCCAGAUCUGCGGCAAGUUUUUGCCGGAAGGAACCGUCGUAGGUUGCAAUGCCUGGACUGUCCAUCGAGACAAAGCACUCUACGGCGAGGACGCAGACAUCUUCCGCCCUGAGCGUUGGCUGGAGGCCAUUCCCGAGCACGCGCGCAAGAUGGAGGCCCUGCUGUUUACUUUCGGCGGCGGGAAGCGGGCAUGCGUGGGCAAGAACAUCGCGAUGCUGGAAAUCACGAAAUUUGUUCCGGAGCUCUUCCGACGUAUUGAAUUCGAGCUCGUCGACCCUUCGCGGUACAACGUCUCCUCGACUUGGCUGGCCGUUCAAGGUGGCUUGGAUGUGAGAAUGAAGACCCGGUCUCCCAGCUCCCUUCUCGAGGACUAGUCGGGGAAAUCACAAGGACAGGAAGCUUUUCUAAAUUUCAACCUGGGCGGGUAAAGGGCUUUCAAGUAAAGUGCGUUGCUUAUUUAAAAGAGAUGGCUUAUGAUGUGCCUAACGUUUGUAUAGCUUUACCUACUUAUUUAAACCACAGGGAUUGUUGGGUAUGCUGAUCCGGGCUUUCAUUGACGUUUUGGGCAUCAGGAUUACAGAAUGCAUUCAAUCCUAUCGGCGGAGAGAUUGUAGCCGCGUGGCAGGAUGAUAUCUCUGUCUUUGUGGUUCGGCCGGGCUGGAAGGAGGCGUUGUAGUUUAAGCUGAGACGAGGUUCAUAG